UUUAAAGAUCAUACUAAAUACUUAUCGUAGCGGUAGCGAUUUGUGAAAAUUUUUGCCGACUGUGUUUUUUUCUAGUUGUCUAAUUGACUAAUUGUAUUUGAAAGUUGUUUUAUCUGUUAAUUUGAAAGCUUAUAUUAAACUUGAACAUGUCUGUCUUAAUACAGUGCUCAAAGCACAUACGCACUGCAUACAGUCUAAGCCGUCAUAGGAUUAGUAACACACUAAUAUCAAAUACGAAUUCUCAUAUUUCUCGUAAGAAAUUUCCAGAAACUAAUCAUGCAAGUAUUUCAUAUUGUAAUACCAAUAUACUUCCAAAUCGGUCAUUUUUUUCAUCAGCUAUUCAUCAAAGCUCCUCGGCUAACAAAAUCGAUGAUUAUAUAAAAAAUCUUGAUUUUAAUUUAAGACGAGUGGGUCGUAUAUCGAAAAAAGAAAUUGAAGAGAUUUUAAAUGAAAUUAUGAUUUCUAAAACUGCUACUCCAUCACAGUCAUUAAUGGUACUUCGAUGUUGUGGUAGUUUGGUGCCUGAUGAAACACCUGAAAAUCGAACCAUUCUUGUUCAAAAAAUAUGGCAAACUAUAAAUGAAAUUGGUGUCCCUUUGGACAUAAGCCAUUACAAUACAUUGCUGAAAGUAUAUUUGGAAAAUAAUUAUGCAUUCUCUCCAACUGAAUUUUUAGAAAAUUUAGAAAAAAAAGGAAUUACACCUAAUCGUGUAACUUUUCAACACUUAAUAACGGGCUACUGUCAAAAUGGUGAUAUUACUGGUGCUAGUCGUAUAUUAGAAUAUAUGCGUGAUAAAGAGCUACCAAUAAACAAAAUAGUUUUCAAUGCCUUAGUUAUGGGUCAUUCACAAAAUAGUGAUAUGGAAAGUGCCGAAGGUGUUUUAAAUGUUAUGAAAGAAUCAAAUCUAGAACCCACAUCAGAUACAUAUACAUUAUUAGCUUCAGGGUAUGCAAAAAUUGGUGAUAUCGCUAAAGUAGUCAAUGUUUUAGACACUUGUGGUAAUAAAGAAAUCUAUUUAAGUGAUAAAGAAUAUCUUGAUAUUGUAUAUUCAUUGGCUAUUAAUGGUCAUGGUGAUAAAAUUGAUCAAGUAAUGACUAGAAUUUCAAAGGCAUCUGGAUAUAAUCAAGAUGCUAUUAACUGUAUUUAUAAAUUAGUGACUAUGGGUCAAGAAGAAAUUGCAUUUAAAAUAUUUGAUACAAUGACAAAACCACUAAAGGCUGAUGGAACUUCCCCACCAAUUGGUCGUUUCUUGAUUGGACAUCUUACAAAAGUUAAUAGUUCUUUGGAUAAUGUUGUUGGGUUCUGCAAGAAGUUAGUAUCUGAAGGGACAAAUCCUAAAGCAUUCGAAGUUGCAACUGAAAUGGCAUUGAAAAAUGGAUCAAUUGAUAUAGCAUUAGGCAUGUUCAAGUACAUGAAAGAAAAUAACCAACCUAUUAGACAACAUUAUUUUUGGCCAAUUUUUGUUGCUAAAAAUAAACAAAAUGAUCUACAAGGAUUAAAGGAUGUGCUGAGUAUUAUGAUAAAUGAGUAUGAAUUAAACCCUAAUAUUGAUACCCUUCGGUUCUAUAUUUUACCAGCAAUGUUUAAAAAUAAUAUGGAUGGUAUGAAAAUUAUUAAUGAAUUACAAAUGUUAGGUAUACCAACAGGCACUACUACACAUUCAGUAGUUUUGUAUUUACUGUCUGAAAAAAAGAUUCGCCUAGCAGCAGACAUUGCUGCUUGUAGUCGUGCAUUCUAUGUCCCUUCUUUAAUUCGUCGUCCAUUAGUUAAUGCAUUUUUGGCUGGUUUUGAUGUAACAUCAUUCAUUGUAUUACUCCAACAAAUAUGCAAUGGAUUUUCGCGGUAUUCUCUUGUUACUUCCCCUGAAUUGUCAAAACAAGAUAAAUUUGAUAAAAACUCUAUUCAUACAGAAGAACAAAUAAUUGAAAUGCGAGAAUUCAUCAGUCAAGUUCUAAUUGAUAUUGUUCGAAACACAAAACAGACUUCAGGAGUUGUGGAAAUUAUUCAUGAAUUAUUAGAAAACAUGUAUGGUAAAGGCUUAGGAAUCAAUGCUUAUGCAUCAGAACAAGUACAAAAUCAUCUACAAGGAAAAUUAACUUUUGAAAUAAUAAGUUUACUAGAAAAUUUAACAGAUUCUAAUUUAGUAAUUAAAGCAGAAUUGAGUGUCAAGCCAGGUGGUUAUACAUUAUCCAAUACAGAUGAAAGUACAUUGGAAAAAAUUGUUAAUAAAGCAGACGUCUCUGGAGAAUCUAAAAAUGGAACUAAAAGACAAUUGUUAAAUUUGUAUUGUAAAAAUAACAAUUUAGAAAAAGCCUCUGCAUUUAAAGAUAAAUUAUCAGCUGAAGGAUUUAAUAUUCCACCUGGGUCAAUGGUUUUACUUCUUGAUGUGUUUUUAAACCACAAUAAACUGACUGAAGCAAAACAAAUUUUUAAUGAAUUAAAAACUAAUAAUCCUGAAUUUACUUUGGAUAAAUUUAAGGUGAUUAAAAUGACUGAGGUUAUAGCUAAAACUGACAGUGUUGAAGAUGCUAUAGAUUUUCUGUCUUCGUUUAAAAAAAUUGAUGAUAAUACCGAGUUUACAUCAUUUCAACAUGCCAAUGUUUGUUGGAAACUAUUAAAUACUAUAGCUGAAACUGGCAAUGUAGAAAAUCUUCAAAAAAUGUUUGAUUUAAUUAUCAAUAAUAACUAUAUUACUGUAUCAAAUAUACUUUUAGGACCAUUAAUUAAAGUUCAUAUUGUCAACAAUAAUAUUAAAGGAGCUUUGGAGAAAUUUGAAUGGUGUUGUAAAACAUAUAGAUGUACUCCAUGGAAAAAUGAAUUAGCUUCAAAAUUUAUUCAAGCAGAAGAUGCUAUUUCUUUGCAAGUGUUAACUGAUUUGAGUACUACUGUACAUGGUGAAGUAAAUUCGUUGUAUGAUCUUAUGUUUGCGUUUAUUGAAUGUGGCCGUGUCAAACAAGCUCGUAAAAUUUUAGAGACCCCAGGGUUACGAACAAGACAAGAUCGUAUUAAUUCUGCUUGUGCCAAAUAUGGAUCUGAUAAUGCCGAAGAAUCUCUCAUUCGUUUGCUGGAGGUUACAAAAAACAUUGGUCAAUUUGACAGAACUAAUAUAUUUAAUGAACUUCUACAUAUAUACAGUAAAAAUAAUAAAGUCGAAGAAGCAAUGACUCUUUGGACUCAAAUGCAAGAAGAAGAUUGCCAACCAUCAGAAAAUUUCAUGUGGACUUUAAGUGAACUUUUAAAGAAAAAUAACCUUGAAGUUCCUUUCACUGUUAAGAAACCCAAAGAAAAAGGUUUAGUUGUUCCUAGUGAUAUUAACAAAAGUUUAUCUACUGAACUUGAGUUAUGUAUUAAAAAUAAUAACAUCACUCAAGCUCUUGUGCUGCGCAAAACUUUAUAUUCUAAAGGACAUAGUAUUAACUCGUCAAGUGAAUCUAAAAUUGUUGAGCUGUUAACACGUGAAAAAAAAUUAAAAGAAGCAUUUGCAAUUGCUAAAGAGAUGUUAGAAAAUAGUAGGCCAAUAACAAAAAGUAUAUUAGCUUUUUUGGUAAAAAACCUUUCAGAAGCUGGCCACAUAGGAAGUUUAGAAUAUCUAAAUGCAAAAGUUACUAAGGUUAUGAGCAACAAAUUGAAUUUGAAUAGCAAAAUAUUUAAUGCGUAUCAAUCAAAUGGUAAUAUUAAUGAUCUAAUAGCUCGUUUAGAAACUGAUGUUGAUGAAAAUAUAAAAGAUCCAAUCAAAUUAUCUGAACUUAUAAAGAAUGUUCCUGGUGGUAAUUUAGUGAGCAUCUUAAAUAAAGACUCCUCUGUUAUACCAAUAAUUGAAAGAUUACAUACUAAAGUCUCACCACAUGGUUAUAAAAUCUUUGCAAAUAGUUUGUGGUCUCAUUUUAUGUUGAAUAAAAAAUUUGAUGAAGCUUUUAAAAUUGCCAAAGAAUUGGAAAAUGAAAAGUUUAUUCAGUAUCGACAGUUAUUAUCAGAUAUUCGUUCAAAUAAUAAUAUUGAGUUGGGCUAUAAGCUCUUAGAAGUAUUACCAAAAUUUAAGGAAACCAAUCAGAAUGCAAAUCUUGGAAUAGUUUAUAGUGCUAUUAUAGACUCUUAUGUUAAUCAAGGUAACGUCAUUGAAGCUAGCAACGUAUUAGACAAGGCUUUAGAGAAAAUUACUCUUGAAGACAUUAAUAAAUCAGCUAUAUUAAGAAUUAAAAAUAAUCUAGAGUCCAAGGGAGAAAUAUUUAAAUACAAUAUAGAUAAUUUAGAAAAAAAGACAAACUUCAAGAAUUCAAAUAUUCAUAGUGAAGAUUCCAGUGAUUCAUCUGACGAUGAAAAAGUAGCAAAAGUCUAAACAAAUUAUUUUUUAAGUUUAUAAAGUAGUAUAUUCCUUCAAUAUUGUGUUAUUGUAUGUUUUUUUUUU